GUCUCUUUUGCGUCACGUGAUAAUUCCAACAUGGCUGCCUCCUCUGCUCGUUCUAAAGCAGCACAAUAGCAGUAUGACAGUGUUACAUUUUAAGGAUUUUAUUUCAUUUUGACCAUCAAAUUACACAAGACCAAAUUAUGUUCGAAUAUUCAGUCGAGACAAACACACAAAGAUGAAGCUCCGGGUACAACUGCAGUGCAAGAACCUUCACGAAUACCUGAAGGAACUGAGUCCAGACAUCCUCGACAGACUGUACAACCACCCAGCUACCUGUCUCGCCGUUUACAGGGAGCUCCCAUCUCUGGCAAAGAAUUAUGUGAUGCGUAUGCUGUUCCUGGAUCACCCUCUCCCCCAGGCAGCCGUGGCAUUAUGGGUCAAAAAGGACAGCCAAAAGGAUCAUGAUCAGUGUGUGUCUGUGCUGACUGGACUGAGACUGUGGCACAACCAGCAGCUGCAGGGAGGCCUUCAGGGAAUCGUGCUCAACCUGGUGUUUAAGGAUAACCUGAGGAUCGCUGUGCUUGGAGGCGGUAAGCCAUGGGCAGACGAGGGCAGCAGUCUCGGUCCGGAUCGGCACGCCCGGGAUGUAGAGAGCCUGGACCGCUACGCCAUGGAGCGCUGGGAGGUCAUCCUGCACUUCAUGGUGGGCUCCCCGAGCGCCGCAGUCAGCCAAGACCUUGCUCAACUCCUCAUCCAGGCCGGCCUCAUGAAAAGCGAGACUGGUGAAGCGCCGUGCAUCACUUCAGCUGGGUUUCAGUUUCUGCUACUCGACACUGCCUCUCAGCUGUGGUACUUCACGCUGCAGUACCUCAAAACAGUGCAGUCUAGAGGGAUGGACCUCGUGGAGAUUCUUUCCUUCCUGUUCCAGCUGAGUUUCUCCACCCUCGGCAGGGACUAUUCUGUUGAGGGCAUGAGCGAGUCUUUGCUGACGUUUCUGCAGCACUUACGAGAGUUCGGACUGGUUUUCCAGAGAAAGAGGAAGUCGAGGAGGUACUACCCCACCAGACUGGCUAUUACCCUGGCUGCAGGAGUCACUGCCAACCCUUCAUCCUCCUCUUCCUCUUCUGCUGCUUUGAAUCCUACCCCAGGAACAGGAGACUCUGGUUUCAUUGUGGUAGAAACCAACUAUCGUGUGUACGCUUACACAAACUCUGAGCUGCAGAUCGCUCUGGUUGCUCUCUUUAGCGAGAUGCUGUAUCGGUUUCCCAACGUGGUCGUGGCACAGGUGACCAGAGAGUCAGUCCAGCAGGCGAUUGCUAAUGGCAUCACGGCACAACAGAUCAUCCACUUCCUGAGGACCAGGGCACAUCCUGUCAUGCUCAAACAGACUCCGGUACUUCCUCCGACCAUCACAGACCAGAUCAGACUGUGGGAGCUUGAAAGAGAUCGGCUGCAGUUUACGGAAGGCGUGUUGUACAACCAGUUCCUGUCACAGGCUGAUUUCGAGGUUCUCCGCGACAGGGCUCAGGGUUUGGGAGUACUGGUGUGGCAGAACCCACAGCACAGGGUCAUGGUGGUGUCACCUCAUGGACACAGUGAGGUCAAGAGGUUCUGGAAGAGACAGAAGAGUCACACAUAGGAUGGAGGGGGAAAAAAAACCCUCCUCGGACAGUCCCAUCACGCCAAGGGUGGCUUUAACUGAACUGAUGGUGUACACAAAUCCAUUUAACAGUUUUUUUCACUUUCCUUAAAAAAACUAGUAAAAAGUUUGAUUGAAAAUGUUGGACUGAAAGAAUAAGAUGAUGUGAAAUAUUUGUACGUGAAUAAAAAGGUGUUGAUUCAUUUUUAA